AUGGCCUGCGAUACAGUAGACACGGCCUUCACCGAUGCGUUUCUCGAUGGCAGCUGGGCGAAGGACGACAACUCAGAUUUCGGGUUGGGUGCAAUCGCAGAAUUCAACGCCGCUUCCAAUCCACUGCCUGGAGAUACUGUUGACCCUCAGCUCACGUUCAGCAACCCAUCUACUCCACCAACGAACAAUGGCGGAUUCGCACAGGACCCUUCUGCCGUGAAUUCAAACCUGAACGACACUCUGAGCCCAUCGCCAAAUGUCUACGAAAACUAUUCUUCCAUGAACAUCGACGCAUCCAGCACGCCGUACUUCAAUUCCAUCGAGACAACUGCACCAGCUUACCAGCCAUCUCCACUCCGGCAUGAACAGCACUUCAUGCAUCGGCGCUCAGUCUCCGAACCACCAGCAGAUAUGGGCCAGAAUGUGUUCUUUACGCGUUCGGAUCACUACCUUGGUGAGCCAAUAGGUCAGCCAAAGCCGCGAACACUCAAGAGCCUUCCAAGAAGCAAGAGCCAGCGAAGUCAACCGUAUCCGCCACGUCAGCCGACCAGAAAUCACCCUCACCCGCAAGCGCUACAUUCACAGCCGGGAUUCCGUCCUGGAGUCCAGCGUAGCCAAACACAACCGGUUCACGCCCAGCAGUAUGCUCCAACAAGCUCACCCAUGAAUCAUUACCCUCACGCCAUCUCUCCACCUUGCCGUACAUUCAUGCAGCAGCCUCCGCUGGCAAACAUGAUGCACGAGCAGCAGUAUACGCCAGCAACCACUACCCGCGUGUGCACGCCCGUUCCAGAGGCAGUCAUGGCUAGUCCUCCGAUGAUCGACCCGGCUCUCAGCCAAGCUAGCACGCCGAGUAGAGUUGAUAAGAGACCACAGACGGUGUCGAUCCCUGUCUCAUUGGAAGAGCUGAGGAAGAUGAUCUUUGAUGCGGUUCAGCAGGCUAUUGGCGAAGGGAAGGCGCAAAGUUCGAAUAAGGAGGAUGAGAUGUCUGAAGGGGUCAGUCCGAGGCAGCAGAGACACGUCCAGAUGGAGGAGAUUGAGGAUGAAGAUGCUGGUGUGAUGAAGACUGUGUGA